AUUGCCAAAGAGAUGAUGAUAUUCCCAUUAACCAAUUGCCAAUACAUUUCAUGAUGCUUACGUUUUAACCAAUAAAAAUUCCAAAGUCAUCUGUCCCACUAAAUGCUGCUGCACCUUCCUAGAAACCUGUUAAUUCUGUACUCUUCAUAUUCAACCUGUACGUACACAGUUACAACCAAAGCUAUAUAUAAUAAUCUCUGAAAAAGUCAUUGUUUUAAGUAUUCCUAUUUCUCCAAAUUCAAAUAUUGCUGUAUUUGCUCCAAGAGAAUGGAAAACUGUAAGAAUGGAUCUAAGGAUGUCACUGAGUAUGAGGAUCUCUUACCAGUGAUGGCUGACAAGCUUGAUGUCGAGGCGUUUGUAUCGGAGUUGUGUGGAGGGUUUAGGCUGUUGGCAGACCCGGAGAAAAGGAUGAUCACGUCUGACAGCUUGAGGAGGAACUCGGCGCUUCUUGGAAUGGGGGAGAUGAGUAGGGAGGAUGCAGAAGCCAUGGUCAGAGAAGGCGAUCUUGAUAGGGAUGGAAUGCUCAACGAGAAAGAAUUUUGCAUUCUGAUGGUAAGGCUAAGCCCUGGGAUGAUGGAAGACGCAGAAAUGUGGCUUGACAAAGCACUUGAAGAGGAGCUUCGAUCACCCUCAGCUUAGAUUAGUGACCUCAGAUCAGUUUUAUGUAGGUAACAUUGUAUUACAUGCAUGAAUAACAUUUUGUGAAUGAAUUAUCUAUUUGUAGUUUACAAAUUUUCAUCCAAAGAUAAUCUCAGAAUCAACAUUGCUUUUGUUGGCUGUUGAGUAUUUUAUGGUAGAAGUUUGCGCAAAAAUUGUUGCGAAUUGCAAAUGGUGGCAUUGAGUAUAACAGUAUCCGGUAAGGCGAAA